AUGAAACUUGCAACCCCUGAUAACAUAUUCCAGAGAAUAGAUGUAAGGCUGGUACAAAUACUCUUCAAAGAGGAAGCCCGGGCCUCCCAUAAGUUAGAGACAAUACAUAGUCAAAGCCAUACUCAGAUAUCAGAUUUAGAAAAUGAACUUUUACAAGUGAGAGCAUUUAAAGAUGAACUGCAAAAGUAUAUACGAGAAUUGGAACAGUCAAAUGAUGACUUAGAAAGAGCGAAAAGAGCAACAGUUGUAUCUUUAGAAGACUUUGAAACCAGACUAAAUCAGGCUAUAGAAAGGAAUGCAUUUUUAGAAAGUGAAUUAGAUGACAAGGAAACAUUAUGUGAGACAGUGCAGAGGUUGAAAGAUGAAGCUAGAGAUUUACGGCAAGAGAUUGAUGUACGAGAAAAGCCACUGUCUCAGUCGGGUUCAGGGGCCACAACUCCUACAAAUCCACAGUCGUUGGAAAGUCGGCUUCAAAAUAAUACCCACGACAACAAUAAUAAACCGAAGAGUAAAAAUGAACCAAAUGGCACAAUAAAUCAUAUAGACCAAGGUGGAAACAUAACACCAAAUAAAGGCAUCCCUACCAUGAAUGGCGGUACCCCACUCACGCCUUCAGCUCGAAUAUCUGCACUUAACAUAGUAGGCGAUCUGUUGCGUAAAGUCGGAGCACUAGAGAACAAGUUAGCCUCCUGCCGAAACUUUGUAAAAGAUCCGCCCCGAGGUAGCAAUCCCAGAAGUGGAAAUAGUCCUGUAAAUUCUCCAAGGUACGAAAGUGGAAAAGUCCGAGAUGUCCUGUGGACCAAAGCUCCGCGCAAAAUAAUAUUCUAUCCGGACUUUAAGGCUUAGGACCAAAAGAAUGACCAGAGCGGCAGUGGUUCAUCCACAACCGAACGUGAAAAUACCUGUGUAACUGUGCCAUCGUCAAAUCAUCCAAGCGUGUCGUUGACACUGUUUUAGAUAGGAAUUAUUGUUAUACAAACUUUAUGCGCAUCAUCAACAUGAUAUUCAUUUUUCGACAGGAAUGAAACGAUUGUUUUGGCCAGUGUUGCUUGAAAAAUACUCUUGUUGUUUUGAUUAAUGUAUUUAAUGGUGAAAGGCAUUGAUUGAUUUGAUGUUAUUGUAUUUGCAACUUUUCAGAGAGUUGUUCACCAUUUACAUAUGAACUGCCAAUCGUAAUAUCCGUAAUUGAGCUGUAUUUAGACGUAUGAUUGCAGCUUUGGAUGUGCUAAGCUGUGAAAUCGACAUUUUUGUGUUUCGAAUUGUUAAGUCUUGCACAUUAUUGUGUGUGCACAACCUACCAUGUGAUGUAGUCGCAACAUUGGACUAAAAAUCCAAGAAGGAAUCAAGAGAAAGAAUCGGUAAAAAGGAAAUUAUUGAAAGUAAAAAAAGUAAUACCGAAGAAAUUUUGCACAAGGUUGUGAAAAAUGUAGAUGAAAUGUCAAAAACAGGUUGUUGAAAACUGUUGACGUUCAACCAGAUGCCAUUUUCGCCACUUUAACCAGAAUGGUUUAUUAAAUAACCUUAUUUUGUAGGCCUAACACUCGAGUCAUUUUAUGUCGCUAUUGAAGAGCAUUGGUAUAUAAAGCUACAAAAUAAAGGAUGGCAUCACUAAAGAAAAGCUAAGAAUACAAAAAAGCUACCAGCCACCAGAUUUACAUCAUAAUUUCUGAAACAGAAAUGAAUAUGAAUUGAGACUACUGAAUAUUAUAUCUCUUUAGUGUGAUCUGCAAAGUACAGUUAAAUUGUACUGUUUUCCAACACAGCUCUGCUGUUUUAAAAAAAAAAUGUAAUCGUAAAACCAAAACAUUUAAGUUUAGACAUGAAGAUUUACGUGUAAUAAGCAACUACAAUUUGUCAGAUGAUUAUCUGUAGAUGUUGGUUACUACCAGUAGGUGUUUCCUUACUUUAGAGGUACAUAAAGACACAUUAAAAUGUGAAUCUGUUUAAUUAUACAAAUGUAAAAAUAAUUUGAAAAACACUUAAAGUAUUUGAUCUUAAGCCUCUCCGGCUAGCUUUGUAUGCAGACUACCAAGAGAAUGAAUGAAGAUGCUGCAAGUUUGAUGUCCUUGCAAGAAGUGUCACUGUUGAGUUAUUUGUCCACUUCUGAUUUACUUGGGGAAGUUGUAAGGAACUUGCUGAGAACAAAUCAGAACUGGUACUGAAUCCAGGACUGGAUAACUGUUAAAAAAUGUUUAAACCCAAAUGAAACGAAAUCUUGAUUUCUAAAACAGAAAUGAUGUAAAUCUGGAUGCUAGUAGCUGUAAAGCAAGCUUUUUUUUUAUCGUAAGAAGAUGAUAUUACUAGGGUAUCUAGUCACAAUUAGAAUCUAGAUUUUGAGUGGUGAAGUAGAGUAGAUAAAACUGUGAUCUGUCUAUACACGGUGUAGAUCUCACACUGUACAGUAAAUAUUUGAUAUAGGCUUUAGAGAAUCAAAUACUGUCUCAUGUUAAAUCGUAGAAUUUUUAAGUAUUUGUGUAUUUUUUUUAUACAUGUUAAAAGGAAAAAGUAUGACAUGUCACAAUUGUUUCUUAGGUUUGUUAUUAAGUUUAUGUCCAAAACAGAAAUUGAAUCAAAAAAGCAAGUUAUAAAAACAAAAAAAGAAUGAUCGCUCAACCAGGGCUUGUACAUGCAAGCCCCCUCAUGGUUGAGUCUAUGCAUUCUUACACUUAUUGGUUUUUCCUAGGGAGAGACUGAAUUUAUAAGCUUAAAUGAGCUUAAACAAACCAAGUUAAUAUACGUAAAUGAGCUUAAUCUUGUUUCACAGGCAAGCUAAAAUUAGUUACUGUGACCACUUGUCUGUGUCUUGGCAUUGACAGGAUAUUAUGCGGUAGAUGUAUUUCUAAAAGUAUCCUUAAAAACUUAAAGUCUAUAAAAUUACAAGGAGAUACUUUUUGUUUUGAUAUUUUAACCAUAGAUAACAGUGCAUUCGAAAUGAUUUUACUAAAUAAUUGACAUCUUUGUAACAUAUUUUGUCAUUUUCUUAUUUAUAAGUAAGUUCUCAGAUAUACAGACAGUUAUGCAGUACCCUAAAAAUUUAAUUAAAAAAGGGUCCCCUUGAAUACAGAAGAGUUUCUUGCCGACAUAAGAUUUUUAACCUGAUUAAGGUGAAACAGUUUAACACUAAGGCACAUUAUACUUAGUAAAUAAAAUCUAAUUUAAUUUGAUGUAAUUAUGGUGAUAUGUUUUGAAAUGUGAAAUCUGUACUUAUAUUGUUAUUGCAUUACAAAUCCAAACACAGUCAUUGAAUCAUGUUAUUUAUUUUUCGCAUACUCAUUUCAGUGUUGUACAUUUUCGUGUGAAUUAUUUUUCGAGUUAAUGCAGUUGUACAUAUAUGAAUGUGCAGUUGUACAUAUAAGAGUGUACAUGUACAUACAAGAAUGUACAUAUUGAAAGAAUUCCAAGGUUCUCUCAGAGAUGUCGGUAGAUAGCAUAACAUGUCAUUAUUAGGCUAGUUAAUAUUUUAAUACAUUUUCUUGCAUUUCAUUCACUGCUCCAUUUUUCAUAUUUUAAACAAAUUUCUAUUUCAAUAUCUGUAAUAACAUAGAUAUACAUUUGUCAGUUUGAUUGGCCAGCUUGAAGAGGAAUAUUUGAUAACCUUUUCCGAGGUCAUGAAUUAGAUCAAAUGGACAUGCAGUCUCUGGUUUACUGUAAGAACUGAGGAAAAACAGUAUGUCUAAAUUUGUUUGACCUCACUCACAGCAUUAUGUGGUGUAGUUACUGGUUGCUUAUGGAGAUAAAGUUGCUACUUACAUGAAAUCUCUCAAAACAUGCAGGUUUGCAAAGAAUUGUUAGGAGAAUUGUUGACAAAACAUUUGCUGUAACUAGUGAAAUGAAAUAUGGCCAUAAUUUUACGUUCUUACUUGUAAACAUGUUGUGAUUGCAGUAACAAAAAUUCAAACUUAUGUAUUUGUCAGGCUCAUAAUGUAUACUUGUAUUUUGACAUAAAUCUAUGUAUCUAAGUCUCUGCAGAAAACCUUUAAACUAACCAUUGUGAUGUGGUAUUUACUUAAGAAUGAAUAUACCCUAAACAGAGAUUACUUUGUUGAAUAAAGUCACUGUUUGGAGUUCAGAUGCAAAGGAAUUAUAUCCAAAUAUGCAUCUGAAUGACAAAGAAUGAUUUUAUUCAAGAAAAAAUCAGUUUGAGAUAUAUUAUUUUGCAUAUUUUGUGAUGUAACCAUUUUCAGCAUGCCACUAUGACGUCAAGACGCUAUGAUGCAUUAACUGUGAUGUUAAGUGAUUUUAUUGCAUGAUGGCGUCAUGCUUGCAGCUUUCAUUGUUUAAUAGAAAAACAAAUUGUGUCAUGUUAGAGUCUGUUUCGAAAUACACUGAUAUUGUUGUCAUUCUCAUAAAUGGCAUAUAUUAUUAGGAAGGGAGAGAUCAUUUAGACUUGUUUCCAAGAGGUUACAGGAUUUCAAAUCCAUGCUAGAGCAGGGUUUGACUGUGUUCUCUGUAAUCUCUUUCCUUGUUAAGAAAUCCAAGUUGAUUUUACAAUCAUAAGAAAUGGAUGAAACUACCCCAUGUUCAAUUUGACAAAGGGGAACCAAAUGUCCUGUUUUACUUUUCAAACAUUUUUCACUUAAUUCACUCCUGAAGAAUGUCUUGUUUUGACCAAAACAUAGAGCAAUAAAUAUACAUAAACCAUCCGCAAUUGUUUGUUUAUCCCAUUUAAAAAGGAAUAAAUAUCACUUAGAAAUUGCUACUUUUUAUUGUAAAGUUUUCGUCUGACAAAUUCAAAGGGAUUAGGCUUGUCGUCCUUGGUCAAAUUGAAGAGAGGGAAUUUUCUUUAUACUUGUUAGAAGCUUUUACACAGUCGAGGUUGUUAGUCACAUUGUCUCUUUUACCAACACCACUUUUCGCAAUCUGUAUUAACUGGAAAAGUCAAAGAUUGAAAAGCUUACAGGCUAUAUCUGUAUAAAUUUAGUUCUGUCAAUUUUCAUAGUUUUUGCAGGAAUUAUAUUUGGGCAUUAUUAUUGCUUGAGAUGCCGAAUUGAGAAGAAAAAGCAUUGUAUGUUAGUUUCUUCAAUGUUAUAUGCUGUGAAAGCAUAAAUAUUGCAUACGGCUCAAUUGUUAAUUUACUUUCGAAAUGAGAAAAAUCCACUCAUUCCUGAUCAACCGUUUCAUGUCUCAUUGAUCAGUACUGUUUGCAUAUGUCAGUUUAUAAUGGCUUGCUUAGAUUUGGAAGUUUCAGAUAUAUCUAAGUCUAGAAAAUACAUGUCCACAUUAUGAACUUAGGUCACCUAAUGAGAAGUUUUAUCCAUUCAUAAACAUUUUAAGUGCUUUAUGUCUUCACAAGCUUGUUCCAGCAAAAAGAAACCAUAUUCUGUUUCUAAAAAGUAUCCAUUUUUCCAAUAUUAAAAAGUAUAAUUCUCAUAGAAACCAAAAACUGUUUAUAUGUGGUUCUGAUCUGUUUAGAUUAGUUACAGUAGCAUUCUUCAUAGAUACAGAGUUAUCAUAGUCAUUUUUACCGGAUAUUUAUGUUUACUUUCUAAUGGUGAUCUAUAUUCUCUCUGCCAUUUUUGUAAUUCCCAAUAACUGUUUGGAUCUAGAUCCAUUCCCAGUUUUUGUCUCAGCAUAGACCUUACUGUAGGGGCCUCCGUGGCCGAGUGGUUAGAGUCGUUGGCUUCAAACCAUUUGCCCCUCAUCGAUGUGGGUUCGAAACCUCAUUUGGGGCGUAGAAUUCUUCACGUGAGGAAGCCAUCCAGCUGGCUUACGGAAGGUCGGUGGUUCUACCCAGGUGCCCGCUCGUGAUGAAAUAGUGCACGAAGGGGCACCUGGGGUCUUCCUCCACCAUUAAAGCUGGAAAGUCGCCAUAUGACCUAAAAUUGUGUCGGUGCGACGUUAAACCCAACAAAAUAAAUAAAUAAAUAGACCUUACUGUAACUGUGAAAUUGUUUAAAUUCAAGGGCAUGAAACUUUGUGGGUUUGGCCAAAAAGUUUUUUUUUCAUGGAUAUAUGAAUUUGUGGAUUUCAACUUCUGGAGAUAAACUGAACAGGAAUUUUAUAUAUUCUUUGGAUUUUAAAUUUAGGGAUUGACACAAAAUCAAGGAAAAUUAGCCCCCAAAGAACCUUAAUGAUUUCACAGUAUCGAUAAAGAAAUGGUUUCAGUACUUCCACAUUACGGUGACAUUUUUUAACGCUGUAUCGGUUUUGCUAACCACGUGUCAGGCCUACCUCUCGUGAUUCUUGUGACUUUGUUUUAGUCUUGAUUUAUGUGCAAUUAUUGUAACAAGCAUCAUUUUUUCAUGUAAGGGUGUAGGUGUUUGAAUUGACAAGUGUUUUUGUAUUGUUUCUACAAUUUGUAUUCUUAUUGAAUUUUAAAGGUAAGCUAUGGUUAGUGAUAUACACUUAACAAAAUUAAUGAAUUUUCUAAUUGUCCAUAUUAAUAUAAAAUGGUGUUAUUUUAAGGUUUACCCCUCAUUGUGCCAAGCGGCUAUUUUCGACUUCUGACAAAAUUGGUCUAUACAGUUGAUCUUCACUCUGAUAAAUAACAAGGGAGGUAAAUUGUGCAAAGUUUAAACAAGUAAUAAAAUUCUACAAAUAAUUAAAGGGUACUUAAAUUAAAUGUAUUUUAGUGUUGCAUGUUAGAAAAGAUAUUAUUCUGUUAAGCUAUUAACUUCGCUAUUUGUUUCGGGAAGAACCAUUGAUAUUUUUUCAUUCCUUUUUUUUUUAGUUCACCUGUCACAAAGUGACAAGGUGAGCUUUUGUGAUCGUGCGUCGUCCGUCCGUCCGUGCGUGCGUGCGUAAACUUUUACUUGUGACCACUCUAGAGGUCACAUUUUUCAUGGGAUCUUUAUGAAAGUUGGUCAGAAUGUUCAUCUUGAUGAUAUUUAGGUCAAGUUCGAAACCGGGUCAUGUGCGGUCAAAAACUAGGUCAGUAGGUCUAAAAAUAGAAAAACAUUGUGACCUCUCUAGAGGCCAUAUUUUUCAUGAGAUCUUCAUGAAAAUUGGUCAGAAUGUUCACCUUGAUGAUAUCUAGGUCAAGUUCGAAACUGGGUCACGUGGGGUCAAAAACUAGGUCAGUAGGUCUAAAAAUAGAAAAACCUUGUGACCUCUCUAGAGGCCAUAUUUCUCAAUGGAUCUUCAUGAAAAUUGGUCAAAAUGUUCACCUUGAUGAUAUCUAGGUUCAGUUCGAAACUGGGUCACGUUGGGUCAAAAACUAGGUCAGUAGGUCUAAAAAUAGAAAAACCUUGUGACCUCUCUAGAGGCCAUAUUUCUCAAUGGAUCUUCAUGAAAAUUGGUCAGAAUGUUCACCUUGAUGAUAUCUAGGUCAAGUUUGAAACUGGGUCAUGUGGGGUCAAAAACUAGGUCAGUAGGUCUGAAAAUAGAAAAACUUAGUGACCUCUCUAGAGGCCAUAUUUUUCAUGGGAUCUUUAUAAAAAUUAGUCAGAAUGUUCAACUUGAUGAUAUCUAGGUCAAGUUCGAAACUGGGUCACGUGCGAUCAAUAACUAGGUCAGUAGAUCUAAAAAUAGAAAAACCUUGUGACCUCUCUAGAGGCCAUAUUUUUCAAGAGGUCUUCAUAAAAAUUGAUCAGAAUGUUCAUCUUGAUGAUAUCUAGGUCCAGUUCGAAAUUGGGUCACGUGCGAUCAAAAACUAGGUCAGUAGGUCUAAAAAUAGAAAAACCUUGUGACCUUUCUAGAGGCCAUAUUUCUCAAUGGAUCUUCAUGAAAAUUGGUGAGAGUUUUCAGCUUGAUGAUAUCUAGGUCAGGUUUGAAACUGGGUCAUGUGGGGUCAAAAACUAGGUCAGUAGGUCGAAAAAUAGAAAAACCUUGUGACCUCUCUAGAGGCCAUAUUUUUCAUGAGAUCUUCAUGAAAAUUGGUGAGAAUGUUCACCUUGAUGAUAUCUAGGUCUACUUCAAAAGUGCCUUCAAAAACUAGGUCAUUAGGUCAAAUAAUAGAAAAACCUUGUGACCUCUCUAGAGGUCAUAUUUUUCAAUGGAUCUUCAUGAAAAUUGGUCAGAAUUUUUUAUAGAAAUAACGACGUCAUACUCAGUUCAACACUGGGUCAUGUGGGGAUAGGUGAGCGAUUCAGGACCAUCAUGGUCCUCUUGUUUUUCGUUUUGUUAUAUUGGUAAUAAGUUUACGUAAUUAGGACAGCUACUUAAAUAUUACUGAAGUGACUGAAUGGUUUUGAAUUAAGAACAUUACAUCAUCCAUUUAAUUAGUGUUGUGCACCUUUCUUGUACAUGUAGCAAUUUUGUACAGGAUGAGAGUUAAUACAGAUAUUUUUACGAUUUUAUCAGCAUUUUUUUCUUGCAUUACAUAUAAAGUUGAGCCUGGAGUAUAGCCCAGUCUAAUGGCUGUCUUACCAAAGAGAGAGAUGUGCUUUUCAGUUUUACAACUUCACUUAACAUUGUUGCAGUUUCUUGACAUUUCAAUAAAAUUUAUUCUAGGUAAUCUAGGUAUAGGUUGUCACAGCAACAAGGCAAAAAAAACAAACAAACAAAAAACAUGAGAUAGGGCAAGUUUUAAAGAAUGUCACAACAUAAAAUGCCCCCAUUCUACUAAUAAUUAUUGAAACAAAAUUAUUUUCUAGCUGAAAAGUGUAGCCAUUUCAGCUUGCCUGUAUAUAAGAAAGGGUAGCGGCAAGUGCUGUGGCUCUCAAUUUUUGGGCCAGUUUUUUUUUAAUUUUAAAGGCAAAAAAUAUUUACCAGUAAUGGAGAUGAAAAUCAAUUUCUAGUAACACAAUUAUGAAACAGGUAAAUGCAAGUGUUUUAUUAACAGUUUUAGUUUGGUUGAUGAAAAUUUUCUUGACUACUUUCACCAGUGUGAGCUACAUCAUUUGUUAUGUCAUUUUAUGACAUUAAGCAAUGACUAUGUGUCAUAUGAAGAAAGUACUGUAUUAUCUUCAGUUCUGUACAAAGUUGCUUACAUUACAGGGAAAAUCUUUGUUAUAUUUGCUUGUGUUUGUCAUUGAAUAUACACAACUGUAUGAUUUGAUGUGUAAUUUUAUGAAACAUGUUCACAGGGACAUGUAAUGGUUAUUUGGCAGAAAAUUGAUGAAAAACCAAAAUAUAAAAUGGUAAAACUGGAA